CGUAGUAAAAUAAAAAAAGUUUUUUUAUCAUAAACUAAACUUUAUUAGAACCAGGUCAGACGAUUAGUGUGGAGGUACAGUAUUUAAUAAAAUCGCUUGAGCAAAACCAUCGGGGAAAAAAGAUCAUUAACAGGACACAGAGAGUUAAAAGUCAUUCUUUUACAUUACAAUGUUCAACCCCAAGUUAUUUGCGCGGCCAAAAAAAUUAUCUUAAAAAAUAUCCUUGAAACCAACGAACACGUGAUAAGAUCCGUUGCUAUUAAAUCGAUCGCGACAAGUUGUUGAAAGCUAAAAAGAUUUUUACAGAAAUCAAGAUCUUUUCUGUAUAUUUAAUAAUGAAGUUAUAAAUAAAUUUAUAAAAUUAUCAGCACAAUACGAUUCGAUCGCUGAAUAUAUAAUAGAAAAUUUGGCGACAAUAGAACACUACCUCUCCGUUUCGCGUUCGAGGUGUGCAAUAGAAAUUGCGUCUUUGACAUCGAUUGACUUAGUGGUUACCAAAUUAUUCAGAAAACAAAUUCCCCCCUCUCUUCUAGGAAAACUCAAGAUAUCAAUCUAAUAACCAUAUAAAAAAAUCUGGAGCUAUGAAAAGGCACAAAUUCAAUCACAUUAACUAAUUUGAUCACAUACAUAUGACUAUCACAAAAUUUUCCUUAUUCGCUUAAUAAAAAUUAUUUAUUAACGUUUUUCAUUGCCAGUAAAAUUUCUGAAAUAAAAUGUAAUAAUCCUGUACACAGAUAUAGCUAAACAUUUGAUGGCUAAUCCAGCAAUAACACGAGGCCCGGCAAAUAAUUUAUUAAAAUACCGAAAGCAAGUUGUGCUGAUGCUCGGUACCGUUGUAAUUAGUUUUUUCAUUUGUUUAUUACCAUUUCGUGCAUUCACACUAUGGAUUAUUGUAUCGCCACUAACAGCAAUUAUAAAUCUCGGUGUCGAUGGUUACUUUAUUUUACUGUACAUAAGUCGAGUUAUACUGUAUCUUAAUUCAGCAAUAAAUCCAAUACUCUAUAAUUUAAUGUCAACUAAAUUCCGCGAGGGUUUCUUACGUUUGUGCGGAUUAUCACGUAAACAAAGUAAAGAUAUACCAACAUCUGGACGAACUGGUACGACGACAAGCAGCAAUCAUUCGGAUUUCUGGCGAAGACAAAGCAACAGCAGCAAAAAUUGCAGUGUUAAGGUCUCUACUGUUAGUACGGAUAAUAGUAAACCAUGUAAUUUAACAAUUAUUACUAAUACUAAAGAAGAUAAUAAUAAAAAUGACAAAGUUAGUUUUGUUUAAAUAAUAUUUUAUUAUUUUCAGUUGUGAAAAAUUGAUAGUAUUUAUAAUAUUUUAUCCAAAA